AUGAAGUUCUCUACCUUGAUUGCUGCCUCUGGUGCUGUUGCACCCGCCUUGGCUCUCCCUCAGUUUCUGCCCACGGCCGGUGCCGAGUGGACUCCUCAAGAGUGGGUUGCUCCUGGUGCAAAUGAUUCUCGUGGUCCUUGCCCAGGCCUCAACACGCUGGCCAACCAUGGCUACCUUCCCCAUGACGGAAAGAACAUCGAUCUGAAGAAACUUGCCGAUGGAAUGCUUGCUGGUUUCAACAUCGAGAAGGGUGAUGCACUCCUUCUCUUCACCCAGGCCAUCAGGACAAGCCCCGACUAUCCCGCGACCCGUACUUUCGACCUGGCCGACCUCGGCCGUCACAAUAUCCUUGAGCACGAUAUUUCUAUCAGUCGCUCUGACGCCUUCUUUGCUGACCCAAACCCCUUCAACAAAACUGUUUGGGCUGAGACUCUCACAUACUUCCCCGACGACAUGAUCACUGUCGAGCAAGUUGCAAAGGCACGAAUGGGUCGUCUUGCAACCUCGAAGAAGACCAACCCCCAGCACUCGCUGUCAAAAUUGGCUGACGGUUUCAGCUGGGGCGAGAUGGCUUCUUUCUUCGAGAUCAUGGCUGAUGGCACUACCGGCACGGUAGAGAAGAAGUACAUUGAGUACUGGUUUAAGAACGAGCGUCUGCCUACAGAGAUUGGAUGGCAGCGACGAACCACAACCAUGCGUGGCAUUGAGCGUAUCGAGUUCACUAGAAAACUCAUGGAGGCUGCUGGCGUUUCCCGCCGUGAUAUCACGAGUGAUGCUUAUGGUCGCCCGCUGGAACAGUAA